CAUGCUCCCGUUCAAAGCGGCACCUGGUCAGUUCGGCCCAGAGAUCCGCGAGCCGGGCCUGCGGGUCUGGAGGGUGGAGAAGAUGAAGGCCGUGCCCCUGGAUCCUUCCGAGGUGGGGGCCUUUUUUAACGGGGACUCCUACCUGGUGCUGGACAACCGCGGGCAGCUGGGAGCCGACCUCCACAUGUGGGCAGGCGAGAAGUCGUCCAGGGACGAGCAGGUGGCGUGCGCCAUGCUGGCCACCCAGCUGGACAACUUCCUGAGCGGCGACCCCAUCCAGCACAGGCAGAUCCAGGGCUACGAGUCCCCGGAGUUCAUGGCUCUCUUCCCCAGAGGGGUCAGCUACAAGGCGGGUGGAGUGGAAUCGGGCUUCAGGAAGACUCAGGGCUCCGGGGCGGUGCAGAGGUUGUACCAGAUCAAAGGGAAACGCAACAUCCGCGCCAAGGAGGUGGCUAUGUCCUGGAGUAGCUUCAACAAAGGAGACUGCUUCAUCCUGGACCUCGGAGAGACCAUCGUGUCGUGGAUCGGGUCGCAGGCCAACAUCUUCGAGAAGCAGAAGGUGCGCGAGAUCGCCUCGCUGAUCCGUGACACGGACCGACACGGCAAAGCUCGGAUUGUGGACAGCAGCGAGGGGGACGAGCCCGAGGAGAUGUUGAAGGUCCUGGGUCAGAUGCCCCAGCUGGCCGAGAGCACACCAGAAGACGACAAGGAAGCAGACGUUUCCAACUCCGCGUCCCUCUACAAGGUGUCCAACGCCACGGGCUCCAUGACGAUGACCAAAGUGUCGGACAAGAGCCCGUUCGCACAGGACCUGCUGGCUCGUGACGACUGCUUCAUUCUGGACAACGGCGCCAACGGGAAGAUCUUCGUCUGGAAAGGAAACGGAGCGAACGCUGAGGAGAAGCAGGUGGCCCUUCAGAUGGCCGAUAACUUCAUUGAACAAAUGAAGUACCCGAGGAUGAAAACACAGGUGGAGAUUCUUCCUCAGGGGAAGGAGACCAUCAUCUUCAAGCAGUUCUUUAAGAACUGGAACUGAAACCAAACAUGUUACAAAGUCCUGCAAGCGAGGAAAAGCUGAAUAUCUGAAAUCCGACAGCAUCUGAUGUGCUUUUUUUUUUUUAAAUAUGCAUUGACUUGUAUGUACAUAUUUGUAAGGUACCGUGCUGACGGAGCACACUUUAUCUUGUUUUCAAACUGGUAGAAUAAGAAAUGUGAUGCCACUUUUAUAAAUGCAAACAAGUUCCCUCUGUUGAGACAAGGAUUAUAAAUAAAAAAAAGUUGGAUUCUUUUUGGCCUUUUUUUUUUUUUUUUUUUUUACAUUUGUUCUAGUGUCACAGAUUUACCUGCAUUGGACAAUAAAUCUGAAACUGCUUGAUAAA